GUUUAACAUGUAUUAAGUAGUGUCAUAAGCUCACAUUUCAAGCUCUCACUAUGACAUGUAUUUAUCAGGUAAGUACCUUAUCUCAGGUAAGAGAUUGUGUCCCGCCCUUUAUGUUAAAUAAUGCACAAUAAAAAGGACCUGCAGGUGCAGCAUCUCUACGCCCCUGUAUAACUGCAGCAAAAGAGACAGAGAGAACGAGAGAGAAACACUGAAGCUGCAUGGAAGUCUGCUCUUGUUCUACUUAGGGUAAAACUCCUUGGCAGUAAAUCACAAUGGGGUUUCUAAUCCCACUGUGUGUGCCCCUGCUGCUGCUGAUCAACGGAGGACUGAUCAAAGGACAGACAACAGCUGAUUUCAGUGUGCUGGAUUAUGAUCCUUGCAACAACUACACUGAUCUGGACCAACCCUGGAGAUCCAGUAAUGCAGCUGGAUCAGGAAUUUGUGAUCAUUACUUUGACUGGGAUGGAUGGUACCGUCUGCUCUACUAUGGGAUAAAUGUGCGCAUGCCAGAGAGCUGUGUUGAUGUGAACAGAUGUGGUACUUAUUACACUCUGUGGCUCAACGGUUCUCAUCCUGAGAUAGAGGACGGAGUAGUCACUCGCCAGGUCUGUGGAAAUACAGGAUACGACUGCUGUUACUUCAGUUCCACCACAAUACGAGUGAAAGCCUGCCCAGGAAACUACUACAUCUAUGAACUAGUAAAGCCAACGUUCUGCAGUGCUGCAUACUGUACAGAUACGAGUACAUUAAACCUGACCACUUCUCCAGCGAUGCUCCUCAACACAGAGUCUGUUGAUUUUCCAACAACCAGUCCAUCCAAUGCCACCUUUGACCCCUGUGACAACUACACUGUUCUUAAUGAUGUCUGGAGAACAAUGUACAGUUACUAUGGCUACUAUGGAUACUACACUUACGGUUAUUCCAGCUUCUACAGUAGUCAUGAUGACACCACUACUGAAUGGGACGGCUGGUAUCGACUGUAUCUUCAGGGUGAGAAUGCACAGAUUCCUGAGUGGUGCGUUUACUACAUGACCUCUGGUGGUUACAUCCCAUUACUGCUCGGUGGCUCCCAUCCUCUAAUAAAAGAUGGAAUUGUAAGCCGAGAAAUCAAUGGACCAAUUAACUAUGGAUACUACGGUACCCAGUGCAAUUACUACAGGUCCAACCCAAUUCAAGUGAAAGCCUGUCCAGGACAUUACUAUGUCUACAAACUCGUCAGGCCAGAUGUUUCCAUACCCGCACCCAUAUACACUGCAGUUAUUUUGAACACUCCCAGUUACGACCCCUGCAGUAACUAUAUCUCCCUGGAUCAACCCUGGAGAGCCAACACUGGAAGUGGAAUGGGAAUUUGUGACAGUAACUUCAACUGGAAUGGCUGGUACCGGCUUUUCUAUUAUGGGAUGAACAUCCGUAUGUCAGAGAGCUGUGUUGAUGUGAACAGAUGUGGUACUUAUUACACUCUGUGGCUCAACGAUUCUCAUCCUGAGAUAGAGGAUGGAGUCGUCACUCGACAGGUUUGUGGAAAUUCAGGAUAUGACUGCUGUAACUUCAAAUACACCCCAAUUCGAGUAAAAGCAUGUCCAGGAAAUUACUAUGUCUAUGAGCUUUUGAGUCCCAUGUACUGCAAUAUGGCCUACUGCACAGAUGUCAACACCACAACUCAAACUCCUGCUCCAACAACUGUGGCCAGCAGUGCACAACCUAACAUGACCCUGGCAGGCAAUGUCACCAGCUCCAUGUUUGACCCCUGUGACCACUACAACGUCCUUGAUGAGUACUGGAGGAGCACUAAGAGCUAUUACACUGGUCAUGAUGAUACGAUUGUUGAAUGGAAUGGCUGGUAUCGGCUCUUCCUUCAGGGAGCGAGCGCUCAGAUGCCUGAGUGGUGUGUGAGCUACAUGACUUGUGGUGGUUACACUCCACUUGCACUUGGUGGUGCUCACCCUCAGGUUCAGGAUGGUAUCGUCAUCAGAGAAGUGUAUGGGUCCAGUGGUAGCCAGUGCACAGCCUACAGAUCCAACUCAAUCCAAGUCAAAGCCUGUCCAGGAAAUUACUACGUCUAUAAAUUAGUGAGGCCUGAUGUAUCAGUCCCAAUGCCUUCAUACUGUGCAGGUACUUGA